AUGACUGCCAGCCAACAACCAGUACAGAAGAAGAAAGUAUCCUUUUCAAACCUGCUAUUAGGUGCAGGUUUGAAUAUGUGUGAAGUUUCUACCUUAGGUCAGCCAUUAGAAGUCGUUAAGACUACUAUGGCUGCCAAUAGAAAUGCUACCUUUAUGCAAGCUAUUAAACAUGUCUGGUCUAGAGGUGGUGUAUUUGGGUUUUACCAAGGUUUAAUUCCAUGGGCUUGGAUUGAAGCUUCAACUAAAGGUGCUGUUUUAUUAUUUGUUUCUUCUGAAGUUGAAAAUAGAUUAAGGUCUGUAGGUUUUAGUAAUUUCAGUUCAGGUAUACUUGGUGGUGUUUCUGGUGGUGUUGUACAAGCUUACGCUACAAUGGGGUUCUGUACUUGUAUGAAAACUGUUGAAAUUACAAGACAAAAGACAGUGGCUUCUGGUGUGGCCCCUCAAUCAUCAUGGAGUGUUUUCAAAACUAUUUACAAGAAUGAAGGUAUUAGAGGUAUUAAUAAGGGUGUCAAUGCCGUUGCCAUUAGACAGAUGACUAAUUGGGGUUCUCGUUUCGGUUUCUCAAGAUUAGUAGAACAAGGUAUUAGAAACGUUACAGGUAAGACUAACCCAGAAGAUAAAUUAACUGCUAUCGAAAAAAUUACAGCAUCUGCUAUCGGUGGUGGUAUAAGUGCAUGGAAUCAACCAAUUGAAGUUAUUAGAGUCGAAAUGCAAUCAAAGAAAAGUGAUCCAAAUAGACCAAAGAACUUAACCGUGGGUACAACAUUCAAAUAUAUCUAUAACACUAAUGGUUUGAAAGGUCUUUAUCGUGGUGUUACACCAAGAAUUGGUUUAGGUGUUUGGCAGACAGUUUUCAUGGUCGGUUUCGGUGAUAUGGCCAGAGACUUCGUUGGUAAGCUAACUGGUGAAAACCCAGUUGCCAAACAUUAA